CCAGAACAGUUCGCCCUGUCCACUUCAGAGUCACUUAUUCAAAGGAAGUACAAUGGUUCCCCUACUGCUGUUGAUGCUGCUGCCCACAUCGCUGGCUGACCAAGUUUGUCUCAACAUUUCAGAUAGUAACAUAACUAUUACCAUGAACAAUACCAACAUCCUUGAUGAGGCACCUGGUUAUGUGACAUGCCUGAAGGAUACAUUCCCCUGCCUCUUUCAAUGCACGUUCAAUGAGAAGUUGGACAUUCUAUCACAGCCUUGCUUUGACGCUAAUGUGACAAUACACGACACCAGGGUUGAGUACAGCAUGACACAAAAUAGCAAUUGCAGUGUCUACUUAUGCAAGAACAUUACCAUCUUGCCAAUGAUUCAUUCUCUGGCUAGUCAAGACUCUGAGACAGGCAUGAUGCAACUCUUCUACAUGAGGGAUUCAUGUCCGGACCUCUUCAGUAGCGACCAUGAAGUCAAGACAGCCUUUAUUAGUGAGGAAAGAAAGAUGAUUCAUAACAUCAUGGGAAAAUCCCAGCUUGAGACUGGAGGCUCCAUUAACUACGAACUGAAGGACUUGUCUCUGAAUGUGCUCAACUUCAGUGGGGCUGAGCUCACCGACUCUGAAAUCAAGAUAGUAGCUCCACAGCUGCUGCCUCAGAACACAUCAUUUAUCCCUGACAUUUGGCUGCCUGCAGACGCCCUGGACACCCUCCCAAAGGAGAAGAGGAUUAUUGGUUUGGUCAGCUACAUGCAGCACAGCCAGUUCAAAUUUAAACAGGAGGAAAUCUCAUCAAUGGUUCUCAGAAUCGAGGUACUGGGCGAACACCGCCUUCAGAAUCUGAAGAAGCCAAUCAAGAUGACUUUCAGAAUUGCUCUUCACACAGCUAUGGCUAAUGACUCGUGGUUACAGUGUCACUAUUUAGAUGAAAGUGAUUGGCACUGGAAAUCAGAUGGAUGUGAGACCAAUGAUACCCAGACUCACAUUACUUGCAACUGUAACCAUGCAACACCCUUUGCAGUCUUACUGAUGAGAGGCCCAAUUUCAGAAAUCCACUGGAAAAUCCUGUCGAACAUCAGUUACAUAGGCUGCGGCCUGUCUGCGUUCUUCACUGCUUUUUCCCUUGUGCUAUAUGUCUUCGGUCGAAACCAGAAAAUGGAUUACUCCAUCUCUAUUCAUGUAUCUCUGAGCGGGGCCUUACUUCUGCUCAAUACAACCUUCCUGCUGACCGAGUGGGGGGCCACGGUAGAGCCAGCCUGGGUGUGUGUGUUUGUCGCCGCUCUCAUGCAUUACUCCUUGCUCUGCUGUUUCACCUGGAUGGCCAUAGAGGCACUUCACCUUUAUCUACUGCUGAUAAAGGUGUUUAACACCUACUUCAAACACUACAUGGUCAAACUGUCUCUGGCUGGAUGGGGAAUCCCUGGUGUAAUCGUGGCAGUCUCUGUGGGAAUGAAGGACUUCAAACAGUUCUAUGGACAUACAGAAAUGACCAUGGCUGAUACUAACCAAACCAACACCAUCUGCUGGAUUACAGAUGACUCCUACUUCUACUCCUUGAACCUGGUGUAUUUCACCCUUAUAUUCAUUUUCAACUCUGGCAUAUUGUUGGUAGUGGCCUCUAACAUCUGCAAAAUGAAACAAGUCUUCAGGAGCACUUCGAAGCUUGGAGCAGAGGCUCAGGGAAAGACUUUGAGAGGCUCCGAGAAGUUCAACGAUUCGUGCAGGAGUAGCCUCAUCGUGAUGGGUCUUACCUGUCUGAUGGGCACCACCUGGGGCCUGGCCUUCCUGGGCUCAGGAUAUAUCAACUACCCCAUCCUCUACCUCUUCUGCAUCCUCAACUCUGCACAAGAUGUGAAACUCCCCGAUCAUUCAUCAAGCAGAACACCGCUGUGCAGGGAACAGUCACAUCACAUGUGUCUGAGCAUCACUGAGACGAUGUGGAUUACUUUUUCUUUAGUCACACUUGCGUGGUUUUCUACGGCCCAAGCUGCCGGUAACUGUGAAAAUGUCCUUGAUGAAUGUCUAAAACAACAAAAACAAGGUGGUGGCCCCUGGACCAGGUGCUAUGAGGACAGCAUUGGAAGCUGUAGGCUACCGAGACGACCGAUCCCAAACUUCAUUUAUCAGAGUGUGAGCUGGUCUGAAAAGGUUGAAGAGAGUCCCACUCCUGAACACAGCAUUUACAUCCCAGCCUCGGCUCUCCAGAGAAGCAGGGGAUCUGUGCCUGACAAGGAGACCCUGCUGGUGGCCUCUCUGAUCAACAGCACUUUUUUCCAGCUGAGACCCACUCUGUCAAAAGCGAUACUGCUCAUACCACCAGACCAGCCUGUCCGUGUUUUGGGGGGGUUAGUCCUGGCAGUGAGGGCAGGGAACCUUCCUGUCAAAAACCUCUCCCAACCCAUCAAAUUAACCUUCAAACACAACAAACAGGUGGGAGAUGGGACAUGUGUGUUUUGGCGGGAGUCAAUGCUUAAUGAUGGAACAGGUAGCUGGAGCACAGAGGGCUGUGAUACCGAUGACACCGGAGCUGAAUUUAUUUGCAGCUGCAACCACAUGAGCUUCUUUGCUGUGCUUGUGAACCCUGUGUUAUCAGUGGGAGAAAGUGAUGCUGUGAACCUGAGCUAUAUCACCUACAUUGGCUCAGCGCUCUCCGUCUUCUUCACAGUCAUCAGCUUGAUCCUCUAUAUAUGUCUACAACGUCGGCGUCCAGAGAAGGCUAUCGGGGUGCAUUUGCAACUAACAGGAGCGCUGCUCUGCCUCCAUCUCACCUUCCUGCUGUGCAGCUUCUGGGUGUGGCAUCUGAAUGAGAAUGAGGAGGGCUGGGUUUGCCAGGGUCUGGGUCUCUUUUUACACUGGUCCCUGCUGGCCACCUUCAGCUGGGCAGCUCUGGAAGGCUUCCACCUCUACCUUCUCUUAGUCCGAGUCUUCAACAUCUACGUCAGGAGAUACCUGCUAAAGCUCAGCAUGGUGGGAUGGGGUGUUCCAACACUGGUUGCAGUGGUUUGUGGGAUUUCAGGUGUUUAUGGUAAAUACAAUCUGAGGAAUGCCAACAACCAGACUUCAACAGCACAGAUAUGCUGGAUGAGCAGCCAGUUCCCACAGAGGCUCCUGGUCAGCUUCAUCACUACCGUGGCCGUCCCAUGUGUGCUGAUGAUACUGUGUAAUUCCUGCAUGCUGGGGCUGGUGGUGUUUAAGCUCUGGGGGCUACGGGCAGGUAGUGGAGGCGCUCAAAGCAGUGGCUGGAAGAAGAUAAACAGGGAGAAAGGGAUGAAGUUAUUGAAAGACUGUGCCACAGUGCUGGGCCUCAGCUGUGUGCUGGGCUUACCUUGGGGAUUAGCGAGUAUCACCUACAUCUCUCUCCCUGGGAUCUACAUAUUCACUAUACUAAACUCCCUGCAGGGUGUAUUCAUGUUCCUGUGGGCUGUGGCUUUGACCUGCAAGUCUCGUUCUGACAAUAACUCCUCAACCAGAGACCCUUCUUCUCAGAAAAUAAUGACCACCAGUUUCAACACCUGAUGUUCACAACUACAAAAAA